UGUGUGAUCAAAAUAAAAUUUUCAUUCACAUUUCCCGCUGGUAUUCUUGUGAUCUCUGUUCUACAUUUUUUCGUUUUAUUUCCCACGUCGUUAUGUCAGAGAAGAAUAAAUCAAAGCUUGCUUAUGUUCAGGAAAUGUUUAAAGAUAAAGUAGAAGAAGAUGUCAUUAAGCUUGUUCUUACGGAGUGUCAGUACGAUGGUAUGUAAACGUAGCCAUUUCAUUUCAUUUUGAAAGAUGUUUACGUUUGUAGCAACGUAGUGGACUAAUUUUAACUUUUAUAAAUACGAGUUAUUACAAUUGAAAAAAAUGUGUUAAUUAAAUGGACUGUAUACAUGUCAUAAGUCAUGUGACCAGUCCUUUUAUAUUACCGUUUAUUCCAGAAUGGCGCGAUUUCGAUGCGGAAAAUCAAAAUUUCAAUAUUUUUGCUUAGAACACUAACCUUAAUACAGCUUUAUACCGUAUCUGUUUUUCAAUGUUGUUACUCAAUAAAUGAUUUAAUGUUAAUAGUUAUAGUUCAUUAUGGCAUCAACAUGGAACAGGUCUAUAUAUUUAUACCAGGCUUUCUGGCAGCAAAACCCAAAAAAUAGAAAUUUGCUGUGUAAGUCAAAUUUUGUAGAUUUCAGAGAACAUGCAGCACAUUGCGAUAAACUUCAUUCUCAACACAAGACAAUCUCAACCCAAUCUUAUAUGGUAUUAUAGUUUAUAAUAUAGCAUUUGUAAAUUCUGAACGCUGAUUGGCUAAGAGCCGUGUUGAUAUAACUCAAUGUCAACACGGGAAAUUUUCCGCCGCUCGUAAACACGGAAAUUUUUCUCAUCCUUCGGGCUUUUGACAUUGCUAUAUUAUAAAAAAAUAUAAAACAUUUUUCCGUAUUGAUAUAUAGUUAUAUCAACACUCGUGGAAGUUGGGAAAACUCGAAAUUGUAUGAAAACACUCCGCCCUUCGGGCGUCGUGUUUCCAUACAAUUUCUCGUUUUCCCAAUUCCACUUGUGUUGAUAUAACUGUAUAUCAACACGGAAAAUGUUUUAUAUUUGUUAAAUAUAAGAUGACAAAAAUUCCCUGCAAGAUCGAAGAAAUUUACUGCAAAGAUAUUUUGUUAAAAAUGUCACCAAAACGAUAUUACAGGCCAUAUACCAAAACAGUAGAUCAUUUCUCUUGCCCCCAAAAAUGUGUAAUGUUUUUGGUAUAAAAUGAGAUGGGAGUUGCUGCUUGUGAAUGAUGCUUCCUAACGAUUGGCCGAAACAGCAGUAGAAGUAUCUAGUAUCUACAUGGUUUUACAUUGUUGCGGUAGGAUGAGGCACCGAUUUCAGAAUAUUUUAGUACUGGCACUAAUGAGAUAAAAACCGAUACAUAAAUUGUGAAUUGCGUGUAGAAUUAAAAAGUCUUUCGAUUAAAACUGAUAGACAACAAAUAAAACAGUACUAUGCCACGCUUGUUUACAGAUAACAAACUACAGGAAAUGAAGUCAAAUUAGUGACUUCCCAUCAUGUGAUCUUCGCGCAUGCUCGAUAGAAGGUUUCUUCUGAGUUCAGAAACCACUUGUCUGCCAUCUUGGUAUUAUAAUUGACCUAAUUAACUGAGUUUUUGAUGACAUCACAAGCAGGGUAAACUUGUUACAGUAACAUUUCUUCAUGUGGGACUAAAUUUGAGGGCCACAGGUUUGUUAGUGUGAAUUCACUAUUAUGUGCUACCCUCGUAAAAUAAAGUUUUUCAUUCAUUCAUUGAACAUUCAUUUCUUCAAAAAGUGUCUUAAAAUGUGGUGAGUUAAUUUAAUUGAGUACUAAAAAGACUUCGGAAAAUCGAGUUUCAUAUUGAUAAUGACAUGUGGUUUGCAAGAUAAAAAUUUUGCUUUUUACCCCACUUGUGAUAAAUGCAUAUCCAAGCAUGCAUGCUGCUUUUGAUCAAAAUUGUGUGUUACAUGGAAUUAUUAUUUGUAUUUACAAAAAAAUAAGUGCUAGCCCCCUGUUAUAACCAUGAAGGCUAAUCGAGGCACUGAGGUGGUCAUUAAUAUAUUACAAUACUAUUAUUUAAAGAGUGUCACAAGCAGUGCCGGAUUAACCAUAUGGCAGAAGCGGCAUAUGCCACGGGCCCCGCGCUUUUGGGGCCCCGCGCUUACUCUCUUCUAUUUUUUCCCGAAUUUUUUGGUUCCAUGUUUCAGUGCGAGAUCCAAACAGUGCCACAAUGCGGGGCCCUAAAGAGCCCAAGUCCUCCAGAAAACGCGAGGGCCCCAAAAUUUAAAAAGACAGUCCCCAUCAAGCUGGGCCCAAACGUUUUUUUGUUCCCUUUUUCAGUGUUUCAGCGUGGGGCCUCAAAGAGCCCAAGGUCCUCAGAAAACAUCAGAACCCAAAAUUUAAAAAUUGAGCUCCAAAAUAGCUGGUCUCGAAACGGUUUUUUCUUUCCUUUUUCAGCACAGGAUCCAAACAGCGCGGGCCCCAAAGAGUCCAAGGCCUCUAAAGCGAAGCCCCCAACUAAAAAACGUGAGGCCCAAAAGUUUAAAUUCCUUCUCUGGGCAAGGGGCUCCAAAGAGUGAGGCCAAAAAAAUCAUAGGGGUCAGAAAAUAUCAAAAUUUGCAGUAAACUGUUUUAACAGUAUUUAAAAAUUCUAAAAGAUCGCUGAAUUUUGUGGAAGACGGCAGAAGUUCAUAUGGACGGUAUCAUGUUUAGCUAUUUUUCCCCUGCAAGCAAUAAUAAUAUAUGUUAAUGGUAUAAACUGGGUUGAAAUUCAGUUCGUUCAAAUUAUUGAUGUAUAAUUCUUUUGGUUUGUAAAUACACAGGAAACCUUUCAACGCAUGAAAUACAAGAGGAUAUUUUUUAAUCUUACUGAAUUCAGUGUCUAAAAUUCUGUUGGAAGGUUGGGGGGUGGGGGUCAAGGGGCCCCGCGCUGAUAAUAUGCCACGGGCCCCGCGGAACGUUAAUCCGGCCCUGGUCACAAGACGGUGCAAACAAAUUCGAAAAGAUUAGGAAGCAAAGGACACAAAAGACAAAGUACAAAACAAAACAGAAACCAAAACAAAACAAAGCAAAAGGAAAUUGAUUCUUACACAUAGUAAUUAUGUGGAUAACUAGUAGUAAUCAAUUAAUUGUUGUUUUAAAUUAUUUUUAAUAGAAGAUUUGUUCAGAGAUUUAAUAGACUCAUCAAUAUCAUUCCAGGUCUUAGAGCCAAUAAAUCGUAUAUUGAACUUUCCAUAGUUAUUGUGAGGUUAAGAAAGGGAGAAUGAUGAUUUUGCAGAAAGCCUUAUAUUAUAACGAUGCUUGGAACUAACAGAUGAAAAAAGUUCAUAAACUCAUAUGGAAGUUUGUUGUUGUUAAAUUUAUUCAUAAGUAAUGUUGUAUUAAGUAAACAAUAUCAGACAAUAUUUUUUUUUAUUUAAACAUAUUUUAUUCUCAACAUUUUCUCUUGCUCAUCGAGGGAGAUCAUGUUGACUUAUUUAAAACAUUGGAGUGCAUUGUUUUUAAAUAAAAGGUGCACAAACAUAAUAAGAUAAUUAUAAAGAAAAGAAGUAAAUAAUAGUUAAGCUCAAUGAAGAAAUCUAAAGAUAAGUUAUUACGUAUUAAUAUUCAGUUAAACUGGUGAAUCGCUUGGUUUGAAGAAUAAACAGUUGAACAUUCCGCAUCAAAAUUUCAUUUUCUUCAUAACCAAGUAUUUCUGAACCAUAUAGAAAUGUUUCAACUAUCUGAUCCUCCGAUAAGCUUAACCACGUAGCGUGGAGCAAUUGUGUAGACGAAGAAAGCAAUCAAAAAAUUUUAUGAGCUUUUAAAAGUCUCUUAAAAAUAGGUGAGGUAAUGAGAAAAUGUUAUUAUACCGGUACUAAUAAUAAUAAUAAUAAUGAAAACUUUAUUGAAUUUUUUACGUAUAUAUACAAUUGUAAAUCUCACUACUGACUUAGGUAAUUUACAAUUGGCUACAUGAAUCACAGAGUACUACAUAUAUGUACUAUUUACAGUAAAAACAAGAAUUGAAAAUGGGUAUAUGAUUAUAUAUAUAAUUAUAUGUAGUUAUUAAUUUAAAUGUUUUAAAAUUCAGGGUUUGUCCACUCUUUGUUUCGACAGCAAAAAAUAUAGUACGUCGCUCUAAUGCAUGGCAUAAGACGUCAUCUUUUUUAUGCAGUAAUGUUGCUGCUUUUUAUCCAUUCCUAUAGUGUCUAACAUUUCUAAAAAUGUGAAUAAUAAUAAUAAUAUACCAUAUUUUAACCUGUAUACAGGUUAAACUUUGGUCAGUUAAAAAUAUAGCUGCUAUCAUGCACUCAAGGACCUGUUUAAACUAAAUAGUCAAUCCUAUACUUAUAUAUAUUAACUAAAAACUACUAUCAUUUUGGUGUCAGUAUUUAUAAAUAUUUAAGAAUCCACUAAUCUGUGUCUAAUCAGUUUUCAUAAAAAAGUUUCUACACUUUAAAUUUGUCUAAAACGUAAAUGUGAUAUAUCAUUCCUCAAAUCUUCUGGCAGUUCGUUAAAAACCGUAGCCCCUUUGUCUUUGAGAAAAAAUAUCUUGCGACCAGUUUCUGUUUCCAUUUUUGGUAUAGCCUCAAUUUUGAGGUGUUUCCUCUUGUUUCUCUCUGGUGGAAGAACUCGUUACAAAUGCCAUUAAAUUGGUUAAGCAAAAGACCAUCCUGUGCACAGUGAAGUUUCCUAACAUUUCGUAUUGAACAGUGAACACCAGCGGUUAUGUGUUACGUUAGUACCAUAUACGAUAGUACCAUCUAUUAGACCUCUGUUGGAAAACUGCUCGCAGGUUUUCCACCAUUCCCUCCCGAAAUUUUUGUGUGAUGACUUGGAAAACGUCCAAAAGAGAGCGCUGGCUAUCAUUUCCCCGAACCAGUUAUAUGAGCAUAACCUGCAGAAGUUUAACUUAGCUACAUUAAAAGAUAGACGUAUAAAGUUAUGCGACAAGUUAUUCUCGUCCAUCAAGAGUUCGGAAUCUCAUAAGUUACACAAUCUUCUACCUCCUUUGCAAGAGGAAAACUAUGACAUUAGAAAGAAGCAAGUCUUCAAUAUUCCAAUGAUACGCACUGAACGCUUUAAACGGACUUUUAUUCCUUCGAUGUGCAAGUCUUGAUAACAAUUUGACCUUUGCAGUUAAAAAUUUUCUUGAACUGUCUUAUAUCAAAACUUAGCAUCUAAUGUAAUUUUAAGUUCGUGUCAUAAUAUAUAGCUUCUAAAUAGAUUACGCAAUUCAGCUUUUAUGAGCUGCAAUGUAAACUUUUUAAUUAAUCUAUCUGCAUGUAUCUAUCUAUCUAUCUAUCUAUUGACAGCACGAUCUUGAAUUUGCUGAAAUCGAUUUGCAGUGGUACAGACUUGGUAUAUCAUGAAAUAAGUGACCACAUGCAGUAUUCAAGAGUAAUGAUUCAAUCAUAACUGCAAUGAAAUACUGAUAAUGAGUUUGUAGAAGUUUUAAUCUGGUUAAUGGACUGGCAACGUUUAAAUUGUGAAGGCUGACUAGCUAUAGUAAUCAAAAUUUACAUCUGUUAAAAUAUUAUGCUUUCCAUCGGUCUGAGAAUGAUUUGGAAUAUUAUUUGGUUUUGAAAUUAAUUCGUAUCUGGGUUAGGCCAGAAGUUGCAAACUGCCGUUCAGUUCGUUGACUGUUUGAACUAUCGGUCUGAACUUUUCAUCGAGCUUUUUCUCCAGAAUUUCUUCAAGAAUCUUUUUUGUAAUUUGAGUCAUCAUAACAAGCAUAUGUGGACAGUGUAACGAUAUAAAGAAAAGAAAUGAUACACAAAUAAGACAAAAAUAUCCUCUUUCAAGGCGAACGUCAAACGCACGACCGCCAUCUUGUGACACGGAAUUAGUGUCGCUGACAACUCGCGAAUAGUGUUUUCAUUCGUUUUAUUAUCGCAGAGUGUCUCUGACUACUGCCAACUGACACAACAAAACAAAUUUUUUUGAUUUCUUGCGACAGUCUGCGAUGAAUUACGAUAGGCGGUUAAGGUAAUUCCGCAGUUUUGCAUUGCGCACUUUUACUGCGCACAUCUUAUAACUUCAUUUCAUCCAUUAUACGUACCGUUUCAAAAAAAAAUCAUUUAAUGACAAUUUUAUGUUACUUCAAAACAUCUUUGGUUACAUUCGUGCAAAGAAUUACGUUAAAAUUAAUUUUUUCAAAUAAGGCAUACAAAAGUGUAGCUAGGGUUCCUGUGUCUGUAGUAUGUUUAUUUACUUGUAUUUCACGUUUUAAUGCCACAAUUCCCUGAAAAUAGUUUUUUAACUGAUAAUUUAUUUCUUUAAUGUAUUUUACAUUUCAUAUCCGAAAUUAAAAGAAAAAUCAUUUCUGGAUCUUGAAAAAAAUCCUUUAUCAAUGCAUGUUCUCAAAGAAAAAUAUGUAGUACGUUAGUAGUUUCAUUUUGCUCAAAACACAAUAUUUUUUCAAAAAUAAUUACAAGAUAGGUUUACUAAAGCAAAAUCCGCGCUAAAAACGUCAAUAAAUAUCGGACUGUUGUGAUUUUGCUGUUACUCGUAAUGAGCGUCAAGAUGGCACCCUAUUGGGGUAAAGGUGGUAUAUUGUGAUUGUCAUAUCUUCUUAACGAGUCCGGUGAUCCCGACUUUUUUGUGUGAUUUUACUGUAAGUAUAUCAUAAACUCCAUGCCUGGGAAGUUUCAGCACAUUCUCAUUUCGGGAACAAUUACUGCGGAAUUACCUUAAACAGAAUCAACAUCGGUUACACUGAAAACCAGGAUUAAAAUAGGUCGUCGUUAGAGAUUUCUUAAAAAGUGUUCUUUAGUUAACGUCGAGUUUGUAUGGCCGUAGACAGGGCUCUACACAAUUUGUGCCCAGAUAUAUUUCUCUUAUGUUUUUGCUGAUUGAUAUGGAUUGAACUACCUAAAAAUACAAGUACAGCUGACUUCACCGUUUUGAGCGAAGGCCCUUCGUCGGCAGGGUUCGAAGUAGAGAAAAAGUAUGACCUGCAAGUCUAAAUAUUUUUGGCAGGUGAAUUAAAUUUUAGCCUGCCAUUUUUAUUCAUUGCCUUGAACUGCCAAAAUGGCGAUGUCUCAUAGGAGUCGUAUUGUAAAAAUCAAUAUUUUCAUGUUAUGCAUUUUAUUAUUUUUAAACUUGUCUACUACUACAGUAAACUUGGAUUUACAUUUCAAAUAUAAACAUAUUUAGUCAACUAAAUGAUCUAGUAUAUAUGAGUUGUGGUAAUGAAAUGAAAUAUAUCUAUAGAAUUUCACCUGCCAAUUUUUUUACUUGGCAGUUCAAAUUUGUUUUUGCCUGCCAUUUCUAAAAUAUGGCCUGCUUUUGGCCAUUGGCAGCCCGCUAUUUCGAGCCCUGUUCGUCGAGACGUUAGUAUAGCCAAACUUCCCGACGACGGGUCUUCGCUCGAGAUGUCGAAAUUUCACUUGUAUUUUUCAAGUAGUUGAAUCCAUAUCACUCCGCAGUUUUCUGGUAUUUUUGCCACUACCUACGCUGGCAUAGACCGCUCUCUUAUAUUUUUGUAUUUUUAGUGGAGAAAGCGGUGAUGCAGUUGUUAAGCAUAAGUGACAGUAAUAGCAGUAAGACGAAUGUUGGUGCUUCUUCAUCGCGUCGCAAAUUUGACGACAUCGACCCAGUUGACACUCCUCUACCUGAUAUGCAACGAUAUCGUACUCCAGAUACCAAGGACCUGCCCACAGAACAGUUUGAUUUUUCCUCUUUUCUUCCCCAAAGACAAUAUCCUGAUCCUUUCUCCACAACAAAACCUACUUCCCUUGGUACUAACCCUGCCUUUGGUACUGCCAGGCCUCCUACUGUACCAAAAGUCCAAAGUGGUACUAAAUUAACUGAUGGAUUUAAUGAAAAUGAAACAUAUGUCUCGGAUGAUGAUAUUGAUGAUCAUAUCGAUGCUAUUGAUUGUAUUGAUACUACUGCCAAAAAAGUUAAUCAAAAUGGUGCAAAUCAUCGCAAUGUUAAAGGUACGAAUAUUGUUGAACAAAAUGUCAGUCAUGGAAUGAGAAGGAAAAGUAGAGAGAACCAAUCAUUUCCAAACGAUAAGGCUCCAGGAAACAAGGGUAGGGAUCAACAAUCAUUUGUAAAUGGUAAGCCAGUUAAAGUCAACAAUCCACAGCAAAAACAAGUGAAUAAACUUAAUGGCGGCAGAACAACUAGCCCGCAUCCGUUUGCACCUCAAUUAAAUUUUCAACAAAAUCAAUCAUCAUACCUUGCCAAUCAAGCUCAAUAUUUUUCGAGCUUUCCUUCAUCUGCAUUCCCUCAUCCCUUCAUUCCACCUCGGGGCAACAUGCCGCCUGGGCAGUACCACAGACCACCCCCACAUCCAGGCUUUAGGAACCCUGUACUUCCUCAACCUGUACCCCAUCACCCUUUUCCGAUGAGGUCCGUCACACCUGGAAAUAAGGGACCAAACAAUUUUUUACCGACGGCAUCCGUGACAUAUGGUAAUAAAGUACCACACCAUUCUAUACCAACGGGAGCUAACCAGUCUAAACCCAUGACUGAUGGUUUCAAAGCACCUAACUAUUCUCUACCAAAUCAUUCCAUGUCAUAUGGUAAUAUGAGAGCUAAUCAGUCUUCGCCUAUGACUGUCACCACUGAUGGUUUCAAAGGAUCUAACAAUCUUUCAGCAACAUUGACAAAUGGUUUUAACAGGCCUAAUUACCCUGCACAAGCAACCAUACAUGGUAAUAAGCGACUUAACCACCCUGUACCAAACACUUCUACACAUGGUAGUAAAAGACCUAACCUUGCACCAACCACAACUUCUAUGGCGUAUGGUAAUAAAGGGUUCAACCAUUCUGUACCGGCAACCACCAUAACACAUGGUAAUAUAGGACCUAACCAUCCUAUACCAAACACAUCCACAUAUGGCAAUAAAGGACCUAUCUACCCUACACCAACCACAACCCCUAUGACAUAUGGUGCUAAAGGGUCUAAUGCUGCACAAGCAAACACACCACGUGGUAAUAUAGGACCUAACCAUCCUAUACCAAACACAUCCACAUAUGGCAAUAAAGGACCUAUCUACCCUACACCAACCACAACCUCCAUGACAUAUGGUACUAAAGGGUCUAAUAUCGCACAAGCAAACACCAUACCACAUAACGGAUUUAACCAUGCUAUACCAAAUGCUUCCACACAUGGCAAUAUAGGACCUAUCUACCGUUCACCAACCACAACCUCCAUGACAUAUGGUACUAAAGGAUCUAAAUCUGCACAAGAAACCACCAUUGCUCAUGGUAAUAAAGGCUCUAAUCAUCCUAGAUCAAUCACCCCAACACAUGUUAGCAGAGCACCUAACCACCUUACACCGACCACAAAUUCUAUGACACAUGAUAAUAGCCACUCCUCGUCAACAACGUCUGUAAGUAAUAAAGGAUCAAACAACAUGCAAAGAGGGUAUAGUGAUUCUCUAACAAGGAUGCAAGGUACACCUGUUUAUAAUUUUUUAUCCCUCAUUAAUUUUUAUUCCUUCAUUUAACAUGUAUUUGCAGUAUCAAUAUAAUCUUACUGUUUGUAUACAGUUGUGUACCUAAGUCUAUACACAUGUAAAAUUACUAGGGAUGUGUUGGAUACUGUUCUGCCAAAUACUUCAUGGACAGUCUGCCGGAUACCGGUCAGGGGGAAAUGGUAACCAGAUUUCAAAUAGUAACCAGAUGGUGGAAAUGUACUUGUACAAUACUUCACUUUUUCGCUAUUUUAUAGUCCAUUGUUUGAGUAUGUGCUUUAUCCCUUUAUAUAAUAUGCAUAAAUCAGGGUUCGUAGCAGUCUUUGAAAUCCUUGAAAGUCUUUAAAUUUGAAUGCAGGUCUUUAAGGUCUUUGAAAAGUCUUUAAAUUGUGUGAAAAAGCGAAGAAAGUCUUUAAAAGUCUUUAAAUUCUUUAGUGGGGAACUGAUUAUACGAUUUCCUAGCUAAUAAAAUAGAUUGAUUGAAUCAAGAUUUUCGCAAAUAUCAACGAAAAUGCACAUUUGAGGAUGUGAUUUGACGGGACUGACUACUGGGUAAAAACGGUGCUUACACUCGCCAUUUUUCGACAGCUGAUUGCUCUCAAAGAUCUUUGAAAAUAGGCAGAAAAAAUCUUUGAAAGUCUUUGAAUUUUUUUGGUCUUGGAGACUACGAACCCUGUAAAUGUAUGUGGCACAUUCAGCGGACCAUGUACGACAUUACAGUUUACAAAAACAAUUUCUGCAUGCUUGGUUCUAAUAAACAUUCCAGUGUUAUCUUGUAAAAUAUCCGGCCAAUUGUUACCGGAUAUCUCGCCCUUGAUAGUUGAAUAACUGUGUCACAGCAUUGGUAGGCUAUAUAUAGAUUAAGCUGAACAAGCUUUCGUUGGUAGGGAUGCAACUACCUGAAAAAUAUAAGGAGAAUGAAUUUCGACGUUUCGAGCGAAGGCCCUUCAUCUGGAGUUACUAGUGGGGGUCGGGAAAAUUACAUGAGCUUUUAUAUACCAGGAAUAUAGAAGCGAUCACGUGACAAAAAAUAAACCAAUCAGAUGGAUUUAGUCAAAACAAAGUAUAAACAAAAAAUGUAAAUCACAUUACAGACUAUAUUAAUGCAAAUAUACAGAAAACUACAGCAAAUACAAUAGAAAUUCGAGCCCUCUGUCCCAUUUUUGGUAGCAACAAAUAAUGAUAGCCGCAAAAGACACGAAAUGCGUCUCAUUUCCAAACUUGGCACUGUCCACCCCUAUGGCAUUGAUGAACUUUUUCCUAUGUUUGACUCUAUCUGUCUUUGCCUGUCUAAAGCAGACAUUGACAGUACUUUUAAUUCUUACCAUAUCUGAAUAUCGGAUUUCCAUAUCUUGAAAUUUGGUGUAAGGCAAAGAAGUCUAAAGAAGUAAGAUUUCCAUUUUUGCAGCAACAAAAGUGCCUACCAUAAUCUUGUUAAUGUAACCAGGCAUCUGGUUGUACUUGGCCAGGACGUCCUUGUUAAAAUAAUCUACGCUAGCAGAGCCUCUUGUAAGAUUUUUUACGUGUGUAUAUUGCAUUAGUUUUCAUUAAGCUUGUACGACUGUACUGUCGAGUUUUAAACUUUGUCACUCUAUUGUGUGCCUUUCAUAACAGCUAAAUUUCCAUCUCACGGAAAGAGGUCCUUAAUAAUACUGCGUGGCUUGCCUGGUAGUGGAAAAUCAACACUAGCAAGGUGAAUAUCACGUCCUAAAUGUAAUGGAUGAUUCCUGCUAUCGACUAAUUUUUUAUCUAGACAAGAAAGACGAAAUCUAUCACUAUAGCUCAAAAGAGCUUCCUAAAAUUAGUAAGAUUGCAAAGUUUGGUUGCGAAAUGUUGUAAAAUAAGGACAUAUUACACACGGAAAAAUGUACCACUUUCAGCUCAAAAGUGGUGCAUUUUUCCGCGCGUAUAAUAAGCAAUUAUUGGAUGAGGCUGAGCAUGAUAUCAAGAAUUAUUCAGACCGAGGUCAAUGUUAUCUGCCGAAGCGAAGCUGAGGCGGAUAACAUAGACCGAGGUCUGAAUAAUUCUUGAUAUCAUGCGAAAGCCGAAUCCAAUAAUUGUUUUAUUAUACAUUUAAAGACAUGAGAAACGUAUAAAACGCUUCCUGUUCAUGAGGUAGGAAAAGUACAAUUUGAAUAUCAAACACCUUGCACAAAGUCAAAGGUCAGCUAAAUAUUCUAUUUCUACUUCUAUUUACCCCUUUGUGGCUUUUUUCUUGCUUUCACUAUCCUUAUCUGCCAAUAAUUCGGAGAGUUCACUUUCAUUCAGCGAAGCAAAUCUGCUGUCGGCCAUUGUUUGUUUGUUUUUUUCGCGCGCUUUUUGGUUCAAGCUUUUGGCCGCGCAAGGGUUUGGGCACGAGAGAGUCCAAUAAUUUUUUUUUUGGAUGCAAGUUCGAUCCAAAAAAACAAUUAUUGGACGCUGAUGACGUCAUCGGCGAAAAAUACGUAAUAAAUGCCGAAUACUGAAAAUUAGCCGGUGCUUUCUGACCAAUUAGAAACGAGAAUACAUAUUAAAUGUAUAAUAAUGCUCAGUAUUUUAAUACUCAAAAUUUGCUAAUUUCACAGUGCUAUAUUUUCCAUAUUUUGCAACCAAAUUUGGCAAUUUUACUAAUUUAAGGAUGUUCAUUUACGCUAUAAUUGUAGAUUUCUUCUUCCUUGUCUGGAUAAAAAAUUAUUCUAUAGCCAUGGAAUCAUCUAUUGUCAUACUAUGUAUUUAUCAUUCUGAAGAUGCCUUGACCUAAAGAUGAAACGUUAAUAUACUUCAAUAAAACUACUGUAUAUUUGUAUCUUCAUGUCCAUAAUCUUUGUGUUUAUGUGCACGUUAUGCUAUAGCCAUUAAUUUUCAUUAUACGAUUGUACAUUUAAUGAUUCCCAUCCCCGCCUUCCACCAUUCAAUAAUCUAUGUAAUCUUCUCUAUUUAGACAAUUGAGUGCUGCGCUAGGUGGCAUGACCAUUUCUACUGAUGAUUUUUUCCAAUUGAAAGGGAAUAGGUAAGUGGUGUUAUAAUGUCAUUAGGCCACAUAAAAUAAAUUCCUUGAUUCUCAUCGCUACGUUUUGAAAAUGUCGAAGAGGCGGGAGGUUUAUAUUUUAAAUAAUUUAUCGAUCCAUAAAUAACAUUCAUAACAUUUAAAGCGAAAUGGCAAUAUAUUUUUUAUUUUCUCAUUUGAAAGAACUUUUAAGACUGUAAUACUCGAAAGGAAUGAAAUGUCCGCCGUCUUCAAUUUUUGUAGAUCUACAUGUCACGUCACAACCACUAAUCAUUUUGCACUCAACACUAUGCUCUGUCUGCCAUUCGAAAUACCAAGAUCACUCAAAACCUUUAAGAGGCAAUUUUUUUCAAUGUCGCGUAUUUGCAAUGAAAAGUGUUCAAAACCUAAAAUCUUUUUGGCGUUCCUCUCAAAAUUACUUUGCUUUAGCUUUAUUCUCUAGUUUAUAGAGUUAGCUACCUUUUUCAAUGCAUCUUCCGGUUGAGAAACAUAAAAUAAUAGUUAAAAAUUGUCAAUUAAAAUACAAUUAUCAAUGUUGCUUUAAAAUUGACGCCAUAUUUACAGUAAUAUAUAAGCAAAACUUACUGAACUUCAGACAUCAUUUUCUCUUUGGCGUAUCAUCUAAAAUCUCUUCAUUUUAGCAUUAUUUUACAGAUAAAACAUUAAACAUACUUUUGAAGUUUGUUUGCCGACUGAGAAACGUAUCGAAAAAUAAAAAUUUUGAAUUUAGUCAUAACCUCAAGUGAUAUAUCAUACCCAUUAGUUUUGUGCGCGUGUUACGUAACAUACAAAAAAAUCUCUUAAAACAUAUACUAUACCAAUCAAUAUUUGGUCAUCAACGAAUACUUUUAUAUGGUUAAUCCCUGUUGUGACGUCACAAAACUACUGUUAAAACAAUCAAAAAUUUAUUCAAGAUGCAUGGCGGAUGUCUCAUUACUUCAAGUGAAAAUAUUUCAAGAACUAAGCAAGAUAUGAAAAAUCGGUAAAGAAGUUAAUAUAUAGUUUCAAAAAAUUAAUAUAUAGUUUUAAAUGAGAAAAUAAAAAAUUAUAUUGCCAUUUCCAUUUAAUAUUUAUGUUAUUUCCGAAGCGAAGUGCGACCGUCAGAAAUCGAAAUAAACGUAUUGCAUUACAUAGUUCUGUCAUCUUCAAACGUAACUCCACGAAUAUAUUUCGUGCACUGAAAAUGGAUAAAUCUCGCCUCCAAUCUCUGUUGCCCCGAUAAACUCAAUAGGUAGAACGGCGGACUCGAGUGCCAAAGGCGUGAGUUCAAAUCCAGCUCCAGUCAACUUUCACAGUUGGUUUCGGUAGUGUACAAAAUCAUGUUGGAAAUGUUCUCUUCAGGUUGGAGUAUGUCGACAUUCUAAAUUCUCUCUCCUAAUAUUUUAGUGUUCAUGCAACAUAAAUCUCUUCUAGGUCGCAACAAUGAAUACAUUGUUGAAUCAACACAAAAUGUUACGUUUUUGGUGACAGAAUAACACUUUUGGAUUAUUUUCAUUCUACAAAAGUGUCAAAAAGUGUACGAAUGUCUGGAGUUAAUUGAACUCCUUGAAAUUUGCAGUGCAUGAUUCACUGAUUGUUUAAUAAAUAAUAAUAUUAUAUGGCUUUACAAAAUUCUCUAUUCUGAUUGGUUGACAAGCGGUCUGUAAAAACCCAUAUCCGGACCGUGCAUGGUCCGUAUUUUCCGUGGCGGGAAAUUUUUGCUUUGCAAACAGAAAAAAUGUUUGCUGUUUAAUUUUCCAAUUGUGUGUCAUUAAAAUUUACAGAUAGAAAUUCCAAACAACCAAAUUGUUUUUGAUUGAGCAUGCAUGCCUACCGUAUAUUGUUACCCAGUGAAACUGACGAUAGCUGAUUUAAUUCGCAUAUGCUCACAGACUCAGUUCAGCCAUAUAAUAAACCGAUUAUUGACCUCUCUUGUUCGGUCUGUACUGUGAAAUAUCAGACCUCUGUUUUUUGCAUGGACCUCGGUCCAUACUAAAAAACCUCGGUCUGAUAUUUCACAGUACAGACCUCACGCUCGGUCAAUAAGCCGUUAAUAUCCUCGAUUUAACGCUCAUAUCCGUUUAGAUGUUCAUUCUAUUUCCUUUCACUGUAGAUAUUGUUUCAACCCCAUCGAGUUGCCUGCAGCUCAUGAAUGGAAUCAGGAUCGAGGUCAGUUUAAGUGUGUGAUUAUAAACCUAAAUUAAUGUUCUGUUAAGCAAUUAACAACUUGCAUGCAUAUUAGACGAAAUUUUAAUCCAAGUAAAGAGAAGGGAAUCAAACACCGCAGCUAAAAAGAAAAUAAUGAAAUUAGUAAAAUUGCCAAAUUUGGUUGCAAAUGUUGUAAAGCUUGGAAAAGAUAUAGUCUUGCAAAGUUGUAUAUGUGUGCAUUACGUGCGGAAAUUGUUACCAUUUUUCGCUCAAAAUUAGAAAUGUAUUUAGUGACACUGUCUGUAAAUAUAUGUAGUUGCAGUGCUAAUAGCUACCGUGUAAAUGUUAGACUUGCAUGGUAUGUAUUUAUCAAUUAUCUUUCGGCUCAUUCUCGACCAUGUGAGAUUAACAUGCAGAAAUUAAGAUUUCAAAUUAUGAACUGAAAUGAAUGGUUGUUUUAGCUGUAAUGUCUGAAACCAGUUAAUUAAUCAUUUAUAAAUAUCUAUUCCAGUUUAUUUUGCUUUGCAUCACAAAAGGUUAUCCUUGGGUACCAUGUAGUAAAACAAGAAAAUGUUGUAACUACUUUAUGAAAAGUAGAAAAAAACCGUUGUAGAAUGUCUCUGGAGUCUGGAUGUAAUCUGCGAAACAGUGGAAUGACCAAGUUACCUAUUUAGUAUUUUCCUCUCGUGAUAUUGAAGUUAUAUUUCAUGAACUUCCCUCGUCUAAUCACAAUAAUUCCUUUCUUACCAAACCCGUUCACGGUUAUCGUAAUUCAUAUUGCAUUAUUUAUAGGUGCUCGUCUUUUCGCCCCAUUACCAUGCAGCUAAAAUUGUCCCCAUUUCGACAGGGCCAAUUUAGACGUCUAAUCAUAGAAUAAUUUCCCCCUUACCAAACCCGUGCAAGGCUAUCGUAAGUGAUAUUGCAUUAUUCAAGUCAUUCAAAACGCUAUUUUUUUCUUAGCCAAGAAGUUCAUGGAAGCAGGAUUGACGCCACUGAUUAUCGACAACACAAACACUCAGUCUUGGGAAAUGAGGCCUUACGUUCUAAUUGUAAGAUAGCGAUACCUCUAUGAUUGUUUGUUCCGUAUGUGCUAAUUGUAUUAUUUUGUCAAAGGUAUAGUUAUUGAUUAGGUUUAUUUUUAGGGUUUAAAAUGUGGAUAUGAAGUUGAUAUCAUUGAACCAGAGACUUGGUGGAAAUGGAAUAUAAAAGAACUGGAAAGGUGGAUAAAUAUUUUGUUAUGUGUAAUCCCGUCGAAAGUUGUCAGUGAGUAAUUUUAGAAAAUACAAUACAUAAGAAUACACACUUCUAAAACCGUUGGCAUUUUUAUUCAACGUUUUGACCAUAUCUGAUUCCUGGUGUUGACUCCAAGAUAGAAACGUUGAUUAAAAACGUUAGCCAUAAUUCAGCUCAUGCCAUGGGCAUCUCACUCGAUUUGCAACUAUAUAGACCCUACGAUUCUGAUGCAGCGCUCUAACCAACUGAGCUGUAGAGUCCAAUUGUCGAGCUCUAACCACAGCCCACAGGUUCAUGUAUAUAUACACGCACCAAGGUGGUGCCAAUGUAAGGUGUAUAGUAUGGUUGCAUAUCAGGAUUUGGGACAUCUGACUCGAACUCGUGGUUACAAGAGCUCGACGACUGGACUGCAUAUAGCUCAGUUGGUUAGAGCGCUGCACCAGACUCGCAGGGCCACAGGUUUGAUUCCUGCCAGAGGGUCUAUAGUUGCAUUUUUCGCAACUGCUCCUGGUUAGGUCUAAUAAAUAGGUCGUCUAUUAAAAUUUACACUCGGAAUUUCCAUCUACUGUACAAAACCCUUCGCAGUUUAACUGUAUUAGGCGUACGAAGCCUAGGAAUAUUCAAUAUUCAUGAAUGUUUUGGCGUGAAAUCACGACACGUUAUUGCGCAUUCCACCCUGCAUUAAUUAACAGUUUUGUAAAUAUUAUCAAUGCCAUAUUGUGAUCUUAUGCUAAAUUUUAACCACUGACGUCUAUUACCUUUAUUAAAUUCCAUUUUUUAGGAGGAACACUCAUGGUGUUCCAUCAAACAUUUUAGAAAGAAUGUUGGAACGUUAUGAAAAGAAUGUUACGGUUGAUAGAAUUGCGAAAACGGCGGCCAAGCCGAUCAUUACUCCGAAAUCUGAUGGUAGGGCCGACAUUGGCAAUGCGGUGAAACGUGAAACAGACAGUAAACACGAAUGUACCUCCAAUGGAAAUAAGCUAAUAAAUGAAAGUGAAAAAGUGUCUCAGACAGAUGUGAAAUCAGGCCUUGGAAACAACCAAAGAAAACCUUGUCAGGCCGAGACCAGGCGAACAGCUACCACGAAGAAGACGAUUUCUUUGUCGGCGAACUUUUCAGCGUCUCGUGACCGUAAGCGCCCUUUUGGUGCUAAUACAAAGACGAAACAAGGGGAUAAACGAGAGGAAAAGAGCUUCAAAGAUAACACGGUGGGGAAGGGCUUAGAUUCUACAGGGAACGCUGCAGAAGUAAGUGAAAAUGGUGGAUCGGAUUUGGAUGCUGUAGUGACGCGUGAGGAUGAACAAAGCAUCCCCGUUUCUCUUGUUUCAUCUAUUGAUGCACCUGUCAAUGAACAAGAAACAUCUGAAGAAAAGUGCGUUCCUCAGGUUGAUAUGAGCAUUGAAAAUAAAUUAAAUGAUCUCUUGGAAUCUGAGUGUGCAGAUGAAGAGUCUUCUAGCAAAAGCAAGUCAGAUGGGUGUGAAAGUGAGAACACUAGUACAACAAGGAACGAUCAGCCAGUAGUCACCCUGGAUGAUGAAACAGGCCUGCACCAUGUUCCCUUUAAUGAUGAUGAUGCCCCCAGUAUAGGUAGUGUGCUAAGUUCCAAAGCAUUCCUACCAGAUGAUAAUCAAUUGGUCUCCAAGAAUACUUCAGUCAGUUCAUCUUCUAAUCUGGACGAAGUUAGCGAUGAGUGUGAGGAAGUUAGAAAUGAAGGUCAUCCUCACUGUACUUUGGCCAGUCAGCAAACAUUUUCCGACUCGGAGCAUUCACUUUCUGAGGAAAAUACCUCACUGGAACCUGAUUUACAAGUAUUAAGGAAAGAUGAUAUUACUGAUAUCCACUCUAAUUCCAAGUUUGAUCGAACUCAACCAUGUAUUUCGGACGAGGAGCUGACUGAAAUUUCUUGUGGAAAAACCCAAGAAAAUGAUCUAGUAUAUCAUUCUGACAAUGACAUACAAUUUACGAGAACAGAUGAAGAAACCUUUAGCCACCUGGCAAAAAAUCGAAAUGCUGAUAAACAAUUAGAGAACAAUGAAAACUCCUGUCCAAGUAAUCAACAAUUUCUUGCUCAAAAUCGAGUACGUUUAACUGAAUCACAGGAUUGUAGUGUGAAGGAUGCAGUUAUUGACUUACAAACAGAUGUUCCAGAUACAAGCAAUGAGGACAUCGAUACUUGCCGUAAAGGUGAAGGUUUUCCUAGUAAAGAUCCCAGGCUAACAAGCGGCUCCUCUUCACCGUGUAUUGAUUUACAUGAUCUGAAAGAUCAAAAUCCAACUGCCAAUACGGGUCGACAUGAUCCUGGCAGUGCCAAUAGCGAUAGAUGUGAUACCAAUACUAUUCAGCCGGGCCCUAGUUCUGAUUUGCUAGAAUAUAACGCCCUACCAAGUGCACCUUCUGGUGCAUUUGGCAUGCUCAAUAAUACUGUGGUAGAUCCUAUACGUGGCUCGCAAGAGCAUGAUCGAUCUAUUGUAAUAGAUCCAUUUACUAAUAUGAUUGUUUCCCACACUGGUGUCGAACCACGUUUGCCAGAUCUAGUUGUAAAUCCUAACUCUGUUGUGCGUUCAGAUACGAAAUUGGAUGCCCCAACUUGUAAAGGUAGUAAGCAAGAUUCUGGUACUGACCACAUAGGCAUGGAUACUGCUAACAAUAAUCCAGACAUUGUCAAGCAGGAUCCCAUUAUUACCUUAUCAAAUCCUUCUUGUGGGAAUAGUUCGAAUGCUGCAAUAGAUUUGUGUACUGUUGUGCAGUCUUCUAACAAUGAUUUAGAACGUGCUGAUCAUGAAAAGGUUAGCCCAACAUAUUCCAAUGCUGAGAUAGAUUCUGUUAAUGUUCAUUUACAUAAUAAUGAAAUGAGAGAUCCUUUAAUUGAUCGAACAAAAAUGAAUGCUAAAGAUGGGUCUUUCGACCUACAGACUCGUGACUCAUUUACUGACUCCGAUAAACCAGGUUCUGCUGCUGACAAGAACGACGCUCUUGAUCCCAUUCAGUUCUUAAAAGAUUGUUUCCCACACACUGAAAUUGACCUACUGAAGUCGUUUUUAGAUUCUUGUAAUGGAGAUUUGUUAAAAACUGUGGACUCUCUUCUUGAGUAUAAUAAGAAUGAUUACCAUGAUAUGAAUGAAGAGUCAACACGGGAAGAUCUCGACAUCAGUUCACCAAAACAAUCGUCGGUUCGCUCGGCAGAUUCCAUUACAUCUCCCAGAGAGAAUGUUGCUUCACGACAUUUGAAUACACCAGAAGAAAACCGGAAUUUUUAUGGCACUGUGAAUGUGGAAUCUCCGAUAUCCAGUACUCCAAAGAAAUUUCAAGGUGUUCCUGUUGAUUCCCUUCACCUCACUCUUGAUCCAGCCAUGGCAUUACAACUGCUUGAAAUGUUUGGGGCAUUCAGUGGCGUGAGUGCAAGAGGUAUCUGUUCUAAUUAACGUAUUUCUUCUAUUAGCACCCAUUCUCUCUGUUAGUUAAGGCCCCAUAUACAUGAAACUGAGAUGCAGUCAAACUGGGAUGAAACUCGAAAUUUUCAGGAUGUUCACAUGAGACCGUGAAGAAAACCACAAGUCUUUUAAUUUUAUUUUUGUGAAUUGUGAUGUUACCCUGAGUGUGCAUCCCCACCGGUGACCACGGUGAAAUCGAACCCGCGACCUUUGGGAUAUGACUAGUCCAAUGCUCUACCAACUGAGCUACGAGGUCAAGUCGGUUAGAAUUGGUGAUAUUUCGGAACUGAGUCUAGUUCCUUCGAUAUAUCGAUGAGUCUAGUUCCUUCCAACUGAGCUACGAGGUCAAGUCGGUUGGAAUUGGUGAUAUUUCGGAACUGAGUCUAGUUCCUUAGAAUACAUUGAUAUCGAAGGUAGUGACUCAGUUCCGAAAUAUCACCAAUUCGAACUGACUUGACCUCGUAGCUCAGUUGGUAGAGCAUUGGACUAGUAUCCCAAAGGUCGCGGGUUCGAUUCCCAUCGUGGUCAGGCAAACUUUUUCUCAGCUUGCCCGAUGCGGAUGCACACUCAGAGUGACAUCACAAACAUCGUAUUCACCUGAGAACGUAACACCAACACACACAAAAAGUAUCUUUUAAUUCCCCUUGCCCGCCAUUUUCUUUUUUUACAGUGCUUUUGUGAGCAUGCAUUGUUCCGAAGCCAAGAGCACAGCCGAGACCGAUCGGAAAUGUAUUUGUGUUUACAUUUAUGCCGCUCCGAAUUCAUCCUGGUCUGAAGAUAGUCGGUUCGGUCCAGCGAGCUGGAUAACUUCAGACCUGUCUGGAUUAUUUUUCGUCCCGGUCUCAUGUAAACAUGCUGUGCGAUUUCAGUAUAGAUUUGGUGAGAUCUGUGUGCCGGUUUAAAUUAUUUAUGUUUUGUGUUUUCAGAUCCCUUAUCUGAGAGUGCUCGAUCCAUUAGAAUUGACAAAGAUUUCGCGAAAACUCUCUACACGAAAUGGAGGAAGACUGUUCAGGUAUUGUUAUUCACAUAAGUGUGUAAUAAUAAUAUCUUUCCAUUUGUGAACUGUUCCAAUUCCACAUGUGAAAUAAUAUUUUUUCACAUAUGAAAUUAAUUUUCACAUAUGAACCUUUACUUUCAUAUAUGAAAGAAUAUGUGAAACUCAAUUGGCAUUUUGACAUGUGCAUGAAAUGUUCCAAUUCAUGCCUGUAGAUUUUAUUUGUGUGGAAGUUGCCAAGGAUUUUUGAAGAUGUUAGCCAAAAAGCUAGGUUUAUACAGCUACAGUAACUCCACGCCUAUUCAUGAUUUUGGCCAUGAGUUGGCCUGUAGCUUCAGAAUUUUAAGCUGAACUAUAAGUUGAAACUCUAACAACUUUUUAAAAUACUAUUCUAUGUUUAAAGUGCCAAAACACUUGUGGGACCUUUAUGGAUUUGAACAGAGCAUAAAAAGUUAGUUAAUAAGUUCAAAAGACUUUUUUGAUUUAGUGCAAUAAUUUGAAGAUACAAGCCUCUAAACUAUCUACAGUUCCUGAGUCCCAGGCUCCUAUGCACAAUGGACCGUUUGGAAAAAGGCCAAAUUCAAUAGCCGUGUUUAGAGCCCAGGAGCCUGGGAAUUAGGAACAGUCCGUUGUUUAAAGGCCUAUAUCCUCAAAACUAUUGCAUUAAAUAAAAAAAAUCUUUUGAACUUAUUAACUAACUUUUUACGCUCUUUUCAAAUCCAUAAAGAUCCCACAAGUGAUAUAGGCACUUCAAUUACAACAAGGUGCUGUAAAACACGUUGUUUUACAGCGUCCUCGUAGCAAUUAUCGACCUUAAGCAUGUAGGACGGGACGGCGACGGCAAACAAACUCGUUGAACCAAAUGAUUGCAGAAGAAGUCUUCUCUAUUAAACAUCGUAUGAAAAAUAAUACAGUUUAAGGAUUUAGGUUAACACAGUGUUAAUGAAUGAGAAAAAUUCUAUGACCCAAUUGAAAGUAGCAGUUGACCCAGCUUGAAAUGUAAGCGUUCUAUACAAGACGGGAUAACCUGUAUUUUGCCGUUGUAAGCAGAGCGACGGCGAUGUCUAAAACGUGAUUUUGAUUGUAUACAUUUUUGCUCAUUUAAGAAAUUGAGCAGAAUAUAUAAUAUUAAUAUUAAUACAACGCAGAUACAUAUUAAUACAACGCACAUAUAUUAAUACAAGAGUAUUAAUAUGAUACUAUUAGCCGUCCUCGUUACACUUUCGUCCGGCAUGACGUUCUUAAUAACAGUAGCUAGUUCUUUAUAUAAUUUUAAAAGCGUGAAAUUUAAGGCUGUUUCUUGUCACGUCCCCAUACUAGAUUAGGCAUUGCUUAAAUUCGAAUUAACUCUAAAAUGCGCGAUUUUUAUCGGUAACUUUCGCACUAACUGUAGUUAACUUUAACUAACUUUUUAUAUUAACCGGACCCAUGCAGGAAUACAAUCCUUCGAGAUCAAAUAUUGCGUUCAGAUUAGCCAUUUCGUAUUACAUAUGAAACCUCUGGCUCGUCCCCAGGCGCUAGGGGACGAGGCAGGUGAAACCUUAGCCCUUCGUGUACACUCUUAUUGGCCUUAACAUCGCAUGAUAGACUUGCGUUCUGGUAGAUUGGACAUUGCACAAGGAAUCUUACAAUCACGUAGUUUUAUCAAAUUUUUAGUGAAGAAAGCCAGAAAAUUGCUGGUUAAGAUAAAAUACGUUUGAUAGGCGUUCACCUAAAACCUUUGUUUCCUCUGCCCGACUAAACAGAAAUAAGACAAGAAAAUAGGUGUAAACUUGUUUAGGUUGAUGCGAUAUAUCGAUAUUUUGAAAAUAUCGAUAUUCAAUUUUUCGCAUAUCGAAAAUCUCCUAAAUAAUCUAAUCUCCUUUUUUCGGCAAUUAUCACUGGAAAGAUUUUGAAAAUCCAUAGAAGGUCAUAUAGAAUGGAAAUUGUAUGGUCCUUUAUUGGAAAUAGAAUGGAUUUUGAUUAUCCAUAAUAAUUGUAACAAUACUAUGGAUAUAGUAUUGAAAUAGUAUGGCUAUACUAUGGAUUUAAUGGUGUAAUUGCAAAUUUCAUUGUGUGGAUUUCGCAUUUUUUCCCAGUGUAUUGCCCGGUAAAGUUUAUAAUACACGUGUAUGACGGAAAUUGCUGAUCAAGUAGGAAGCGCGUGCGCAAUUUACUGUCGUUCCAAUUGAAGUGUUCCUCAAAUAUUGAUUCAAUACAUUACCUCGGGCUGACCAAUUCAUUUGAUCAAGUUCCUCGAAAUAUUCAUACACUUCCUAGUAUAAUUGUAAACUUCCUGUUGAAUAGUUUGAAUGCACCAAUCACCUUAGUUGUUUGUGCAACUAACCAAUCAUAAAUAGAAAGGAAGUGACCAGAAAUUAUCAAAUACUUGGAAUUGGCUCUUCACAGGAAGUGUAUGAAUAUCUCGAGGAACUUGAUCAAAUGAAUUGGUCAGCCUGAGGUAAUGUAUUGAAUCAAUAUUUGAGGAACACUUCAAUUGGAACGACAGUAAAAGUGUAAACAUGAUCACAGAAGCUCACCACCCACACAAGCGGAAGUUGAGCGCUUGAAAACGAUAACUGUGAUGACUCAUAAAGAUGGAAUCUGCACUACUUUGCAUAAUGAUCUUAAUAGCGCGUAUCGGCGCGGGCUUAAAAACAAAAGUAUCAAAAUAUCACAGUUCAUUCUAACUCACUGUUCUGUUGCGAAGGAAAGUCUAGACGAUAUGUCGAAUCAACGAAGUCCUGUUUGGAAUUACUUUAAGAGAAGUUAUGACCCAACAUGUCAGCUCUGUGGAAUAAAGGUGAAAACUAAGGCCGAAAACACAACCAAUUUAACAUGGCAUUUAAUCAUAAACUAAUCAUCUCAUGGUGUAUACGACGAAAAAGCGAGUACAGCUUAAGCCAAACAAGGCGAGCAUCCUCACAGAAAUUUAUGAAGAAUCCUAUACGAACUGCGUAACCAUUAAGUUGUAGAUAAAUCUUUUGAUGUUUAAACAAGUUUCAUGCAAAUUUGUUUUUUGCUGUUUGUGGUGCGGUAUACAUACAAAUUGACUAAACUACGUUUUAUAAUUUGCAUAAUUCGAUAUAGUCGAAUACAUUGAUUUUAAAGGAACUAGACUCAGUUCCGAAAUAUCUCCAACUCGAACCGUCUUGACCUCGCAGCUCAUUUGGCAGAGCAUUGGACUAUAGUAUCGCAAAGGUCGCGGGUUCGACUCCGACUGUGGUUAGGCAAACUUUUCAGCUUGCGCGGUGUAGAUGCACACUCAUAGUAACACCACAAACAUCAUAGUCGAUAUUAUUGAUAUUUUUUUUAGAUAAUCAGUUUAGACCCGAGUUUCAAAACUGCAAUUUGGUGAAGUCUACAUCUAAGAUUAGUUGCGCAAUGUCCAGUCUACCAGAACGCACGUUUAUCGUGUGAUGUAAUCUUAAUAGAAUUUUAUCGGUAAAAAUCCCUAUUUGUGUACAUUUUAUGCAGCCAAGCAAAAAUAACUACCGAGAAAAUUGUAUUGUAAAAAUUAUACAUACACGUUUUUGGUUUCAACAUGCAAUGUCAGUGGCAGUCUAGUUAGUUGAAGCUCUUUCAAUAAAGUGCGCAGUUGAGAACUUUGGUUUUCUAACAAAAAUUGAUAUUCUUGUUAUGUUAGGCAAAGAGCAAGGCAAAAAAAUCAGAAGAGUCAAAGAAAUUCUCUCCAGGUACUUGUCUAUAAUAUUAUUUUUGAACGUAUGGUACCUGUAGCAGGUUGGUAUAACAUAAGAAACAUAGAACUAAAUAUAAUGUUUUUCAUGUUACUCUGCAUGAGCAGGCUGAAAAGUUAGCCUGACUACGGUGGGAAUGGAACCCGCGACCUUUGGGAUACUAGUCCAAUCCUAGGUCGCGGGUUCGAUACCCACCGUAUAGUCAGGCUAACUUUUCAGCCUGCUCGGUGUGGAUAUACACUCAGAGUAACAUAAAAAACAUAAUAGAACUAAUAUGUAUUUACUUGCAGUCAUGUCUGAUGGCAAUACAAAAAGAAAGUACAAGACACCACCACCACAAUUUUAUCUCCCCGAGCCUGUCCCGAUGAAACCUUCAAAGUCUGUUGUAUCCCAACCAGGUAAGAUCAUGGUGGAUUUAUGUUAUCGAUUGUGUAAUCAUUUCCAUUGUACAGCAUACCAAUAAUGAAUGUUUAUAAGUGCCAAUGGUAAAAAUAUUUUCAUGAGGUGAAAUAUGGAAUUUCUUCAUUCCAAGAGGCGACAGCCGUUUUAUACAUAUAGGUUAUCAUAUAAGGGAUGAGGUGAUAUCAGUUUUAUCGCUCGAGGGAUGAUAUCACAAUUGUCACGAGCGAGCGCAGCGAGCGAGGGACAAUUGUGAUAUCAUCCCAAGAGCGAUAAAACUGAUAUCACCUCAUCCCGAGUACGAUAACCUAUUUAUUAUAUACUUCUACCUUUAUCAGGGUUUGACACCCAAAAGUAAACAGUUUUGAAAAAAGAGGAUCAUUUUAGAAUUCAAAACAAAUCAUUUACUGAACAAAUAUGAUUUUAGAAAAUAAAUAGACCAUUCAUAUAAAUAAUAUACAAUUUAAGUCUUUCGUUUUGUAUUAUCGUUCUUGUUUUCUUCGAUAAACUCUCGACAUCAACCAACACGAACCUCGAGUCGGCCAUCUUUGUUUUGACAAGGCGCGAAAUUUAGCGGGACAAAAAACGAUAUCCGGGACAAAAAACGAUAUCCGGGACGAUAUCGUUUUUAUGUCCCGCUGCUUCCUACCUGAUAAAGGUACAAGUAUGUGAUAAAUAGAGGAUAUUACACGGCGGCGCGAAGAUAUGACUUUUAUCUUCGAGUGGCGAAAACAAUAUUUUACGAACGAGCGCAGCGAGUGAGUAAUAUAUUUUUUUUAACACGAGAAGAUAAAAGUCAUAUCUUCAAGCCACCGUGUAUUGUUCUGUUUAUUAUAUAGUCCCAAGCAAAAGAUUGUAAAAUUUCACGCUCAAAAGCAAAUGGGAAAAAGUCACGUGAUCGAUAUCUUCACUAGUGAAGAUGUAGAAAAUAUCUCACUGUGUAUUUUUCAGUAUCUCACUCUCUACUAUAUAUAAUAAAGUAUAUAACACUAAAGGGUGCAUUCCAGUUACGCGUUUUUCAUACGUGCGUACACGCACGUAAAAGUUGAAUUCGCUUAAAAUUUCAUAUAUAUAAAAUUUCAAAUAACCUUAACAAAUACACAUUAAAUCAUACACAAAACUGAAUGCUGUCCUUUUAUAAAUUUAGUUAUUAUAUAUCAAUAGUCAAAGUCGCAUUUUUCUAGUGUUUUAUUGGUUGAGAGCAUAUCACGUGAGAGUGACGAAAUUAGGCUGGCCCCCUCGCAACAGCGCGAUCGGGAGGGAGAUAAUACGUUAUCGACCGGCGAAUAACAAAAAAAUCACGUGCGCCAUCACGUGAAGAUGCGACCUUUGGACAUGCCUAGUACACACGUAAAAACGCACAAGUUGUAACAAACCUACAGCAGACUUGUAGCAAGGCCACAAGAGGCCCAGGAUCAACAAACAUUUCAAAUUUUUCUCCACUGGCACUGAGAAGGGGGACAGUACUUGGAACAGUACUGUAAUAAUUUGAUUAUUUGAAUCAAAACAAUUCCCAAACAUUAUACUGACUAAACUUCUUAAAUUUAAAUAUUUAGAUUUGCACUGGUUUUCCCCCGACAACAUUUGUUAAUUGUUUUGAUUCAAAUUUAUAUUACAUUACUGACUACAGAAAUUUGAAAUGUUUGUUGAUUUUCGUUGUCCAAUCAGGGUUGAGUGUAUUUUGAGUUGUUCAACGACUUCCGGUUUUUGUCCAGCAAACCCGGCACGCGGAUAUAUUUUGGGCGAAUUUUGUUAUUCCCUCACGGAUUUCAGAGCGAAUUUAAGCUCUUUGAUUAAAGCAUCGUUGUUUUGAGAGUUAUACGGUAUCAUUCUUGCAGGGGAUAUCGAUUAAUCGUGAAAGAAAUGCGUUAAAGGCGAAAAAUCGAGGAUAGUUUCGUGUGACAUAUGCCAAGUCUGGGCUAUUUUGGUCUCAAUGUUUCCUUCCUUCCCUCGUUAUAAGGAAGGCACAGGCGGGCGCGGGCAAAUCGAGCCUGGGCCUCCUGUGGCAAGGCUGUUCCAACAACUUGUCAACAGGAUGUGUUCGCACUGCUUGUUCCCAGCUUGUUGACAAGUUGUCAAUGGCUUGUUGACAAGUUGUCAAUGGCUUGUUGACAACUUGCUACAAGAUUGUUGAACUCAACAGACUUGUUACACGUUGUUCCAACAACUUGUUAUCGUCCUGCAAUUCAACAAUUUGUCAACAAAUUGCGAGUGGCAACCUUGUAGCCACUUGAUGAAAUGACAGCAUUGUUACAACUUGUUCACAAGCUUGUUACAAACGUUGUUACGCGUGUACGUAAUUAAAACUUUCUCUUUAAGUAACUGCAGUGUAGCCAGUGUUUAAUAUAACGUUUUAACAAUAAAAUAUUUCAUGUAUUUACGUUCAUUUGUUCUUUAAUUUGUUGUUUCUUUGACUAUUGAUAUAUAAUAAAACACUUAUUUACUGAGACCUCGGGAAAGCAGUGUGUUUUGUGGACCCUCGACCGUCGAUGUUUCCCUUGGCUUCGCCUCGGGAAACAUCGACGGUCUCGGGAAACAUCGACGGUCUCGGGUCCUCAAAACACACUGUUUCCCUCGCUCUCAGUAAAUAAGUGAUAAUUAUUUCAUAAGUAGGAUGUAAAGUGAAUUCAACUUUUACGUGCGUGUACGCACGUAUGAAAAACGCGUAACUGGAAUGCAGCCUUCAAACAAAUCAAUGUUGUCGAUUUUUUAUUUAAAGUAAAAAUACAAAACAAAUGCAUACCCGAGUUUCAAUGUUUAAAAUUAAUAGAAAUCCAACAAAUACGUCCCAAAGAUGUUUGAGUGCAGAGCUAAUAUAAUAACGGCAUAAAGUUAACUCGACAAGGUUGUAGAAAAUGGAUAUUUUUACACCCGCCAUUUUGCGGCGCACAAAUUAUGCAUUUCAAUUUAAUUCCAUCGGCCUCAUUAUGAAGAUUUGGAUUACUUGAGCUCUAAUUAGAAAGCGAUUAAGAUUUUGACGAAUGCAUGGAAUUGAAUGAAAACCAAACCGUUGCAAUGGAACAAAACGUACAUAGUGCAAAAAUGCACGGCUGGGCGUAAUUUUUAUUCCACAUCACGUAAUCGGCCAAUUAAAUUACCACAAUUUAAUGAAUUGUUUUAUAAUACAGCUAAUUCAAAAAAGGUUGUCCUUUGAAAAACCUUAAACUCUAAACCUGAAACCGUAAACUCUAAGCGUGCAAAGCAUAAUGAAGAAUUUAAUAAGUUUAGAAAGCAUAUAUAGGGCCCAUUUCCUAGAAACAUGGUAAAUAUCUCCUUAGGGACCGGUCAUUAUUUAUGGCGGGGGUGGCACCGAAGAGAAAUGUUUUCCGUGUCAAAAAUUUUGCUGACCCAACCAUUAAAAAAAACAAAAAUUUUAUUACCCAACCUCAAAUAUCAAUUAUAACUACCCACCACUGGCCAAAAACUUAACAAAAGGAUACCAUUCAGUUCAGUAAUGUCAGUUGUCAUACAUGUCCUUUAUCACUUCAGUGACAUGAGUUUGAUAACGGCUUGUGAAAUUUUCUGCAGUCUAAAGUUUCAUGUUGUCUGCACAUGUACUUUCUUUGGAAACACAAUUUGUUUUGUGAAACUAUGAUCAAGAUAGUGACUCUGAUUGAUUCACAUAUUGUAUUGACAAAUGACUGUUGACAUUGCUUUUCAGUCUCCAAUAUUUGAGUGGGUCAUGCUUUGGAAAUGACAAUAAAUUUUUAUUACCCAACCCUUGAGUUGUUUUGUUUUUCAUUUACCCAACCUUUUACUUACUCAAAAUUUUGUUUACCCAACCUUUUUCUCUUCGGUGCCACCCCCCCCCGCCAUAAAUAAUGACCGGUCCCUUAUGAGAAUAUUUCAUUCACAAAUAGUUGCAAUAUUCAACUACUAAGGGUGAAGCUUGUGGUGCCAUUAAGCUUUGCGCGCUUAGAGGUUAAGGUUAGAGUUUAAGGUUUUUCAAAAGACAACCUUUUUUUGAAUUGGCUAUAUACAAUACUCCACAUUAACUAACCUAUUGUUUCUGCCAUAGAACCAGUCUCGUUAAAAGAAAUCAUGGAUGAACAAUUUGCAAUACAUGUUAGUCAAUCAGACCAGGUAUGUUAUAAUAUACCGAAUCCCAAAUGUUCAGGAAAAAGCUUCAACUCGACGGUGAAGAAUAGCUUUUUUACAGUUUGUCCUCUGUAUUUACAAAGUAGUACAUGCAAUCUUUAUUUAUAGGAAAUUGACAAACGUUUUGUCGAAGAACAACUUGAUUUAUCAACAAAGCUUAAGAGAUCUCGUCUUCAUGGCAUGUUUCCUGGUGUUGACGCCGUUGCUCUUAAUGAAAUAUUUCAAGCCAAUAAGUGAGUACUUAUAGAUGCGUGUACGCAUUGUGCAUGAUAAGUUGAUAACGUCAAGCAAUGAGUGCAAGUAGAAAUUAAGCCUAGGUUACACGUGCGAUUUUUUUACGGCCGGCAACGCAACGGGUUAAAUUUCAUUGCGUUGGCGGCGCGGCAAUUGAAACCCAAUAUACAAAAUUUGCGAACUUUGCAAGGCUAUAUUUUCCGCAUUUUACAACAUUUCGCAACCAAACUUUGCAAUUUUACUCAUUUUAGUAUGCUCUUUCUAGCUGUGGUGAUUUAUUUGCAUCUCCUUGCCUAGUUUUAAAAUUAGUCUAUAAUGGGAAUUGUCUAUUGACCACAACAUUUCUUAGCACCAUCCAGAGACGAAACUAGCCCCUCUUAAUUCGGGCAGUGUCUGCAAGAAUUGCCCUGCCAAAACCGAUGAUGCCCUGCAGCAAAUUUGCAUUUUUGAGACCAUAUUUUUCCCAAAAAUGUUGGCGAGUGAGGGGAGGGGAUUAAAAAACAUGGUCGAAAAAAUUUUCCGGACAUAAACCACUUAUACAUUAAGGUUCAAAACAAUUUUUACGUACAAAUUACUGUUAAAACAUGGGUGAAACCCUUUUCUUGGACCAAUAUCUGUAAAAUUUAGGUCUAUGAAUCCCAUAAAUUCCCUCUGAAAACCCUUUAAACCCUUCUAUCAUUUACAAUCUUUGAUUGCCCUGCCAAUCCAGAUGAUUCGUAUUUUGGGGGGUGUCACCCCUCCCCCCAUACCCCCCUCAAGUUUCGCCUCUGGCACUAUCUUCUUAUUUUCAUCAGAUUUACAUGUCAGAUCUUCACAACUUAAUUACGGUUUUGAAUAACAUAUAACAACAAAGUCAAGCAUUACGAUAUAAAUAUAGCCUGCGCACAGUGGCAACCUAAUUUUAAGCUGGAUGCAUGCAUGUACAAUGGCUAAAUGAUAAAAAGGGGCGUGUGUUUUACAUUGUCGAUAUUGUGUUUCAGUUAUGACUUCGAUACAACAAUACUGCAAGUGCAAUCAUCUUGUGGAAUGCCUCUUACUGGAAAACCAACAGCUGUGAGUCCGGAGCAGUCAUUUACUAGUCAUCAGUCACCCAGUAAUAGACAG